CAAACCACUUAUAAUACCCUUUCCUUCUAUUUGUUGGUGUGUGAUCUUAUAGCUAGCAUGUCACCACUAUUCUUCCAAACAACAACUUUUAUCAGAUAGUUUUCUUUUUCUUCUUCUCUUGUCUUUUAUUACAGUCAGACACCCCGUACAAAAGCAAAAACAUGGCAUCAUCUUCUUCUUCUGAACUAACCCUUGAUUGUAAACCCCAUGGCCAUUUUGCGGCGCCGUCCAAGUGUUACGCAGACCAGCAGCAGAUUGUUGUUGUUAAUCAUACAUUGAAGCUUGAAGACUACCUCUCUCGUCUCGAGGAAGAACGCCUUAAGAUCGAUGCUUUCAAACGUGAACUUCCCCUUUGCAUGCAACUUCUUACCAAUGCUUUGGAGUCAUCAAGACAACAACUACAGGCAUACCGAGCGAAUCAAGGACCAAAACCAGUUCUUGAAGAAUUCAUGCCCCUCAAAACCUCAGUGUCGGAGAACAUGGACAAGUUCCAAACCAUAUCUGACCAUAAAGCCAACUGGAUGACCACUGCACAACUAUGGAGCCAAGCAGGACAUUACGAAACCAAACCACAAUCCUCCUCAAUUACUACAUCAUCCCCUAAAGACACUGAUAUUGGUCUGAAUGUUGUUAGUCCCAAGUUGGGAUCAUCAUUAGAUUCCAAACAAAGAAUUGGAGGAGCUUUCCUUCCAUUCUCCAAAGACAGAAACUCAUGCAGUACUGCUCUCCCUGAUUUAUCACUUGCUUCUUCAGACACUGAAAACGGAACAUCUUGUCAACAGAGAGAUGAUGGGACAAGUAACAACAGAACUGAUGGGCAAACAACGAAUGGUUCUAAUACUAAUCAACCUCAUAGGAAAGCUAGGCGUUGCUGGUCACCUCAUUUGCACAGGAGAUUUGUCAAUGCUCUCCAAAUGCUUGGUGGCUCUCAGGUUGCUACACCGAAACAGAUCAGGGAGUUGAUGAAAGUUGAUGGUUUGACCAAUGACGAAGUGAAAAGCCAUCUGCAGAAAUAUAGGUUGCAUACAAGGAGACCAAGUCCAAUUCCACAAGCAGCAGGAGCUCCAACACCCCAGCUUGUAGUCUUAGGUGGUAUCUGGGUUCCACCAGAGUAUGCAACCGCCGCCCACAGCGGGGAUCCCGCCUUGUAUGGUGCUCACCACCACCACCACCCAGCAGUUCCCCAUGCACCACCUCACUUCUGUGCAUCACCAGUGCCACAAGAGUUCUACACCACUGCUGCAACCCCAGCUCUACCUCCACCUCACCACACCUUCCACCACCAACUCCACAACAUGUACAAUGCACGAAACUCACCGGAACCUGACGUCAGGGAAGCCGGAGAUCGGUCAGAGAGCAUUGAAGAUGGCAAGUCUGAGAGUGGUAGCUGGAAAGGGGAGAGCUGUGGGGAUCAGAGAAUAGGGCUAGCUGCACUGAGAGAAGAAGGUGAAGAGAGCAAUAGAAGUGAGAUCACUCUAAAAUUCUAAUAGUGUUUUUAGGGUUUAGGGUUUCAGUAAUGGUUCAUGCUCUAUAUUAUUUUGAAAUAAAAAAAAAAUUUUAAUAUCUUUUGUUCUAAAUAAGUGAAGCGAGGAGAAAAGAGUGCAUUAAAGAAAAAGCAAUCGUUUGUUUUGUACUUCUCAAUUGAUUUUCACUCUCUUUGCUUUCAAUGUUUAUUUCAGAAUAAGAUUGAAUAUUGGAUUA